AUGACGACUGUGAUGGCUGAGGUGCUCCCCCCCCCAGCAGACUCCGAUUUGCGGGGGAUGACCGCAUUGCUCUGCCUCGUCAUCAACGAGACUCGCUACGUUGGGGAAAUUACCCGCACCAUCAAGCUGCAUAUUUGGUCCUUUGAGAUAUGCGGCAUUCGAAUACGGGUGGACAAAAAAGAGAGGGGAGAAAGACUCCAGGACGAGGCCGAGCUGCAAAACGUUCAAGGAAAGGAUGAGGCAGUAGCCCUGAAUGUCGCAGGCGCAAAGUAA